AUUAUAGAAGGAAAUGUGGGUCGUAUUACGUAGUGUUUCGUGAAGUGCGUACGUUUUACAACAGCUUAUUUAUUGAUUAUAUUCGUAGCAUUAACGGAAUAAGCGAUAUUUCCUCUUGAAAAUAAUACGUUGUGAAGUAAGAUUUUAUCAAGGAAUUAUUUCGAGAUUCUUUUUUAACGAGUAUGUCUGAAGGGGAGAUUUUAGCGUCUCAGAAGAAGCAGCAGCCAUUUCAGCAGCCUCAGCAAUUAGGACCGAGUUCAAUGGCGAACAUGGCGUGGCAGUAUCCUUCACCAAAUAACAUGCACGCUAUGUUUCCAUCUUACCCAAGCCAAUUGUAUGGGACAGGAUACCAAGGAGUAUCGCAUCAAGGUCAAAUGUUUAAUUAUUAUCCCACGAUGGUGCCUGCCUAUGGGCAUGCUUUUAAUCCACAGCAAAUGCAGCAACAUCCGCAGCAUCAGCAACAACAGCAACAGCCACAACAACAACAGCCUCUUCAACAGCAGAAUUCACAGGCAAAUAAUCAAAUAAAACAACAACUUCAUCAACAGCCUCCAGUACCUGGAACACCCAUGACUUUAGACGACGAUUCCGAUCUUCCUCCUUUACCUCCUGGACCUCCUCCACCUCUUCAACCUACUCAACAACAUAAUCAGGUACAACCAUCAAUACAGCCUCAUUCAGGAUUUGUCUACGGUGCAUUUUCUUAUAGUAAUUGGAACGGAAUGCAUAAUGAUAUUUCUCAAUACAAUGGACAAGUGCGAUUCAAUCUACAAAACAAGAAAGUUGGAUUAGGAUUUCCUCAAUCAGGAAACAGUGGAGCUGCAAAGAAAAAACGUAAGAGGAACAAAAAUCUAGCGGCACAAUUCAACAAUAACUUUCAGGGAAACAAUGUAACAACAAAUUUUGUAUCGGAACCUAAUCUUAAAGUGGAGCUACCACCUUUACCUCCUAUUCAACAUGAAAUAGCUGUACCCCCUCCACCCAUUGAAGAAUCUCCUGAUCCUAUUAUACCUGCCACUACAGCAGUCAGUGCAUCUUCGAAUACUAGUGUUCCGGUGGGAAAUAAUCCCCCUAUUGCUGCAUCAAAUGCUAAUCCAGUUGGGGAUUGGCCUGACAGCUUAAAGAAUUACGUGAACAGGUGUUAUGAAAAGUGUAAAACAGCAGUUGACAAGGAUCAGGUUGAAAUAAUAUUAAAAGGGAAAAUAACACGAGCUGCUAAUGAUGGUUCGCUUUGGGUAAAAGAUUGGGACAAAGAGCCUUUACCUAGUAUACACAGUGAACGUAUGACUAUGACGAUAAAGCCUCAGAAGCCAGCAUUAAAAUUAAAUAAUCCUUUAGCCAAUCCAUUGGCCAAUACACAGGGAGGCUUGCGCAAGCAAGGGCUUUCAACUUCUCUUGGAGCUAGGCUUGGCGCGCGUCUCCCUGUGGCCCAUAGGCGAUCAAGGUCAAGAUCGAGGUCGAGGUCGAGGUCGAGGUCGAGAUCGAGGUCUAGAUCACGAUCGAGAUCAAGGUCUAGGUCAAGAUCAAAGUCGAGGUCGCGGUCAAGAUCAAGAUCAAAGUCGAGAUCACGUUCUCAUACUCGUAGUCCCCCUUUAAGGAAGCACAGGCGUAGCACUUCCUCUUCGUCUAACGUUAGCGAUCGGGACUAUGACAGCAAAUCGUUGAAAACGAAAAAAUCAACACGAAAACAAAAUCACAACAACAACAAGAAACCCAAGAAGACUAAGCAGACAAAAUCACAUUUCUAUUCCGAGUUUGGUUUAGCUACAGGCAAUAGCGAUGAACUGGGGUCCAAGGAGAAACUUCAACAACGUGCGGCACGAUUUAACGAUCCCAUUUCUAGGACAUUCAACUGUGCCAUUAGAGAUGAUCCAACCCCUGACUUUGACUUCACUGGACUUCACAUCAUUGGAACUUGCAAGGACUUAGAAAAGCCUUAUUUACGCCUAACAUCGGCUCCUGCUCCAUCUGCAAUUCGACCGGUAAGUGUUCUUCAAAAUUCGUUGGCCUAUGUCAAGAAUCGUUGGGUAGUGGAACAAGACUACAGAUAUGCUUGUGAUCAAUUAAAAUCUAUACGACAAGAUCUUACCGUGCAAGGUAUCAGAGAUGCAUUUACUGUCCAUGUUUAUGAAACCCACGCUCGUGUAGCUUUAGAACGUGGAGAUCAUGAAGAAUUUAAUCAAUGUCAAACACAAUUAAGAAUGUUAUAUCAAGAUGUGGGUGGUGAAAAUAGAUGCGAGUUUGUGGCAUACCGUAUAUUAUAUUAUAUUUUUACAAAAAAUACUUUAGAUUUAACAACAAUUUUAGCAUCACUUACUAACGAAGAUAAAAAAGAUGAAUGUAUUAAACAUGCAUUGAAAGUUCGUUCAGCAUGGUGGCUGGGUAACUUUCAUGCUUUAUUCAAGUUAUACAGAAAUGCACCAAGAAUGGCUGCGUUUCUGAUGGAUUGGUUUGCUGCCAGAGAACGCAAGAUUGCUUUGAAGCAAAUGAUAAAGUCUUACCGGCAAAAUUUGGCGGUUGAUUUCAUCGUAGCAGAAUUGGCCUUUGAAACAUUGGACAAGUUCUAUGAAUUUGUCAGUGAAUUUACGUUGGUUUAUGCUGAUCCUGAACGGCGUCUAAUCGACUGUAAAACAAGUAGUGGUUGUCUAGGUGGUUGGUAAAGAAAUAUUUUUCUUACCUAAUUCGCUGUAAAUCAUUAAGCGAAAAGCACUCUCUAUAUAUAUGCAUAUACAAUAAAUAUGUAUAUGCAUAUACGUUUUCUAAUUUGACAUAAUACGUACGUGUAAUAACUUCUCAUUUACACGUUUAUAUGCAUAUGCAUAUAUUCCAAAGUUGGAGCGGGUUCAUUUAUUUUUUCUGCUCAAAGGGCUGGAUAUAAACCAAUUCUUUUGUAUAAUUUCCAAUCAUUGUCAUCGAUUGGGAAUGGUUUAUAGCCUGAGCAAAAUCUUACUACUCGAAACAUUCUUGAGGAAUUUGUACAUUAUUCUUAUGCACAUCAUGGAUAAAUUUUCUGAAUUUGUGAAUUAUGAAUACGGUAGAAAAUAUAAAAUUAUAAUCAUUAUUUGAUGAAUUGGAUAUCAUAAAAACAAACACGAAGAAAACAGAGCAAGAAAGAUCAAAUAAUUUUUUCAUUUGUAUCUUGUAUUUCUCAAUCAGAUUCGGUAUGAAACCGAAAGUGAUGAAGAAUAAAUUGGAGGUGGCAAGAAAUUCGUUUUCUUCAUAAAAGAUUUUUUUCCUUCAUUGUCUCCUAUUGUUAGUUUUAGAAACAAAAUAGUCCAUAUUUUUCUUCUCAUCAUUUGAGUGCCAGGUAUUCCAAUGAAUUAUUCGAAUUCUUGGUUAAAAUGUGUAGAUCAUUCUUUUUGCUACACGUUUUAUAUGAAGAUAAAAUAACCAAAUGUAAGAAGAGGAACAUAUUUCUGAAGAUUUUGAUUUGUGUGUCUGUGAUAAACUGUUUUCAUCGCUAAUCAAGAAAUAGACUACUCUCAUUCAAUUCAACAAGUGUUUUCUCAUAGAAUGUCUUCACUUAUUCUCUAUGGGAAGAGAGAAAAAAAUUGUGACAUUUCGCAGACAGCAACUUAUGAGGCAUACAAAAAUAAGUGGUGAUUGAGAUUCAAUACAAGAAGAUUUAUAGAACACAAUGAUUUAUUAUCAAGGAUGAUGAUGCAAAGCCGCUGUGUUCUUUUUAGGAAAAUACAAAUAAAAUAGUAACAAAAUAACACCAGCAAGAAAA